UUUACUCAACUUCUUCUUCCCACAAACUUUUCAAGGCCUACCAAGAAACUACUUACUUUUGUUUGCAUCUAGCUCUCUUUAAAUAGCAUGGACUAAGUCUGUGAAAGAGGAGAAGAAAAAGAAACAAGAAAUGCCAGAAUACUGUGUAACAGGGGGUACGGGUUUCAUUGCAGCUUACCUUAUUAAGGCCCUGCUCCAAAAGGGUCACAUUGUAAGAACCACUGCUCGUGAUCCAGCAGAUAAUGCAGAGAAAGUGGGGUUCUUGUGGGAGCUAGAUGGUGCCAAAGAGAGGCUCCGGAUUAUGAAAGCUGAUCUUCUAGUGGAAGGUAGUUUUGAUGAUGCCAUUCAGGGAGUUGAUGGAGUCUUUCAUACUGCUUCACCUGUGUUGGUCCCUUAUGAUGACAAUAUUAAGAAAACACUGAUUGAUCCAUGUGUAAAUGGUACCUUGAAUGUCCUCAACUCUUGCAAAAAAGCACCCACCUUGAAGAGGUUUGUCUUGACAUCUUCUUGCUCUUCAAUUAGAUACAGAGAAGAUGCCCAACAGGUUUCCCCUCUCAAUGAAUCCCACUGGAGCGACCUUCAAUAUUGCCAAAAGUACAAUCUAUGGUAUGCUUAUGCUAAGACUAUAGCAGAAAAAGAAGCUUGGAGAGUAGCUGAGGAAUGUGGUAUUGAUUUGGUGGUGGUAAAUCCAUCCUUUGUUGUGGGUCCUUUGCUUGCUCCUCAACCCACCAGUACAUUGCAGAUCAUAUUGGGCCUAGUUAAAGGUGUGCUUGGAGAGUAUCCCAACAGAAGGUUGGGGUUUGUUCACAUUGAGGAUGUUGUGGCCGCUCAUAUAUUAGUCAUGGAGGAACCAAAAGCUUCAGGUAGACACAUAUGUUCAAAUUCAGUGAGACACAUGUCACAGAUCAUUGACAUGUUAAGGACCAAGUAUCCGUCUUAUCCUCUUGAGAACAAGUGUGGCAGCCAAGAAGGGGAAGACAUCCUACAUAGCUUGGAUACCAGCAAGAUAACUCAACUGGGGCUGCCCCCUCUAAAGAGUGUCAAUCAAAUGUUUGAUGACUGCAUUCAGAGUUUCCAAGACAAGGGAUUCCUAUGAGAUAUACCUAAGUUGUUAUCUCUAUAUCUGACCCACAAUUUAUUUGUGCUUGGAUAAAAGGGUUAAUAAAUUGUCAAGUUUUCCACUCCUUACAAGAAGAGUCAAUAAUAUUCCUUUCUGCUGUAUUGGAAACUUGAGAUUAGUUUAUUUAAGAGGGUGAAGUUAAGAAAUUCAAUCUCCAGACUUUAAUAAAAUGGCUUAUAAAAGAAUGUAUGUGAAGUGAAAUGUGUUGCUACCAAUUUGGCAUUAGCCCUGGGAUAUGAAAAAGUUGGGAAAGCCGACAAAUAGAUUGGAAUGA